GAUUAUGGUAUGUUAGACCUCGAAUUUUGGUUUUGUAGAUGAGAUAUUCCGCUUAUUAGUUUGCUUUCAAUAUGCCUAUGUCAUGAUAAUAACUUGUAUUUUUAAAAGCUUAGAUUUUAAUAUUAAUGAAAUUAUUCAAUAGAAUAAAGCCAAGCAUAGAGCAAUUUACGGUAACAUCGCAUUCCGACAUGAGGAUACCUAAUAAAUUAUCCAAUAACCUCCACUAAUGAAACCUAGUAUUCUAUUUAGAUUCAGACAUGAGCAUAGCUACAUAAUUAGGAAAAUACUGUUGAAAACAUGGCGACAAAUGGCGUGAAUUUUAACGGUACUUCGGAAAGCAGUCUUCUUAAAAACAUUCUGAACAUCGACGCCAACGAAAAUGUUGAUGCAACACUCGUCGAAAUGUACAGAGAUUUAAUAUUCACAGCAGAGAGACUGAAAACUGGAAUACAAACAGCGGUGGAACAUGAUGCAAAGUUGGCGGCAGAAAGAGCCGGGGAGGAAGAAGAAGAGGAGGAGGAGGAGAAAGAAGAAGAGGAAGAUGACGAGAAUAGUGAAGAAGAGCUUGAUGAAGAGGACGAAGAUUCUCCUAAACGAAAGGAUAAAAAGAAGAAAACAAAGAGGCCGUUGUCCGACAUCGCUCAACUGUUGGAAGCUUUGUCUCUUGACAAAAAACAGAAGCAACAUCUAUUAAUAAAGAAAGCUAUUUUACUCAAAUUUGAAGAAGCAUUGUUUGGAAACAACAAUAUUACGAUGACGCUUGACUUGAGGCAAGUUGGCGGCGACGGAGAAAAGGAUGGAAAACUUGAACAAAUUCUACAAUGCCGAGAUUUGACGAAAUAUAUUCCGAAAGUACAAACAGAAAAUGGAAAUUCGUUAGAAUUUGCCGAAAAAGCAAAACUUCAAGAAUGCGUGAAUGUAGCAAAAAAUCCAACAGAUAUUUUAGGAGUUCUGAGACCAAAAACCCCGAAGAAAAUUGCUUCAAAUUUAAUAAAGCAGCAAUAUAAUAUAAGAUGGAAUACAAGCUCGGGCGAAGUUGAACCUUUUGAUUUCUACAAGCUUGAGAAGCAUUUCCGUAAAGGAAAUGUACGAAAAGCAUACGUGCAAACUUUAUUAUACGAACAUAAAGUUGUACUCGAAAAUUUCCGACAGCGAUUAAAAAAAGAUGCUGUGGAUAGUGAGGAUUUUGCACCAAAAUGCAUUUACGGAAAGAAAGACCCGUUUGCCGACAAACAAGCAGCGGGCGACGAAGAUGUUCCUCCGAUCCGCCCAAGAGAUGAACCGAAAUUCAAAUGGCAAAGAUGGGCUAUGCUGGAAGAACAGCACGAUGUACUCGGACCAGAAUUUCCUCCCGAGUUAAAGUGGAUCGAUCCCAAAGUGAAAACGCUAUUGCGUAAACUUUGUGAACCUCUAAAUGUAAACUUUUCGCCUUACGAAACUCCCAGUUCCAUGUAUAUACUGGUAAUAAAGGAAACGACGUCGGAAACCCUUUCUGAAAUGGGAAGUCAGAGUCAGAUAUACAUUGGCGGUGCGGACGAAGGAAUCAAAAAGCGGUUUUUAGAGGGAGAUGACUGCCAUUGUAUUAAAAUGAAACAAAGCUUCAACGAAAUCAGUAAAAUGGAGGAGUUCAAACCGUCCGCAACAUCACUACUGAUAGAAUUACGAUUACUGCUGGCGAUUUCGAGGCAAGAACCGUAUGCUCUAUUCGCCGUGAGGACAUUUGAAGAUCCACGCACCCUUGGACGCGAAGUUCACGACCUUAUUACAAAGGCUUUGUAUUUAGAUAACGAUGAAAUAUGGGGACCAGCAGUCAAUAUGAAAUUUGGUCUUAACGUUAAAGAAGAAAUGAAGAAGAGAAGAAAAUACCUCCCCGAUCAUUUUCCAGGUUCUAAACGGAAAAAUAAAAGAUGAUUUAUUGAAUCGUGUUUUGUAUUUCAUUUCGACCGUUCUUGAAUCAAAUACUUUAUAUUUUUGCAAUUAACAAUGAGAUGUAUUUGAAAUAAUUCCUAUUAUCACGUCAUGGAGACUUUUAAGUAGCAUUGCACUUUUUGUGCGCAGUUCUGGCUGAUGUAGUUUUCCGUCCAAUCAGCAAUCCCAUAAGUCCUCAUUAAUGUUCCCUAUUUUCGUAACGAUGGUACUUCAUCUUCAAUCUUGCUAAAUGUAAAGAUUUGCUGAAAAUAAGAUCUAAUUUUUAUUCCUCGCAAUUAUUUACUUCGUCAACUUCUAAAUCUAGAAUGAUUAAA